AUGUUAGACACUGGAAGUACUUGCAGUCUGCUGGCAACAGAUGUUGCAAAAAAUCUUGGCCUUGAGGGUCCAGUGGAAAGUGUUCUGCUGAAUGGAAUUCAGAAAUCAUCAAAACUGCUGACGAAGCGUGUUGAUGUUCAAGUUAGUCAGUUGAAUGACUUUGGUACAAGGUUUGAUGUGCAUAGAGUUCUAGUGGUUGAUCGCCUGAACGUGCCGGAAAGAAGUGUGAACUUCAGAGAACUACGAGAGAAAUGGCCACACCUUGCAGACUUAGAGUUGAAUGAAGUUUCUGUAACUCCAGUCACGUUACUCCUUGCAAGUGAUGUCCCAGAACUUAUUGUGCCUCUUGAGACUUUAUGUGGACCUAAAGGUUCUCCUGUUAGUGUUCGCACUAAAUUGAGGUGA